GCGAACGGGGUGACAGCGAACGACGACGACGCGCAGUGCCCCCGCGUGCAGCAUGCUGCGUCUGCCGGUCUUGCUGGCGGCCGUCGUGAUGCUUUGGACGCUACCAGCGGCGCCUCCGCCGACCGUUGCGGCACUUUUUGUGCACGCAGCCACACAUCAUGCCACCGUUUCCGAAGCACCCGCGACUUCCGUAUCCUGUCCAAUCCUCCGCGACAAGUGUCGGUGUACCGCAGAUUUUCUGGAGUUCGAGUGUCGCACCGCCUGUUUUACUGUCGUACCUAGCGACGUUCUUCCAGAUAUCAUAACAAAAUUAGAUUUAACCAGUAACAAUUUGACUGAACUACACGACAAGAGUUUGUAUAAAUUUCAACAAUUACAAGAACUAAUCUUGGCAGAUAAUAAAUUGACGAGGAUAUCACCAAACGCCUUUUCAAGCAAUCCCAAUUUAAAACGAUUGGAUUUGCACGGGUGCGGAUUAUUAGACAUUCCCGUAAACGCAUUUUUACCAUUACGCCAACUUCAAACGCUGCAGCUGGGCCAGAAUGAGAUAUGGAGACUGGAUGGAUUCACUUUCCGAACACUCCACGAGCUGAGAAACUUACGUUUGGACAGCAACCGUUUGCGGGGCGUGCCAACUGAGGCACUGGAGCCGCUGCAUUCCCUCGAGGUCCUGAAUCUCGGAAAUAAUCUGGUUACAUCGAUUCCAAGAGAUGCUUUUCCAAUGAUGGAUAACUUGACAGUUUUACUCCUCAAACGGAAUCAAAUCAGGGAAAUCGAAGAUGAAGCUUUCGCCAAUUUAACUUCUUUACGCAUCCUGGAGUUAUGUGAUAAUUUAUUAACGCAAAUCCCAAAGGCAGUAACCAAAUUAUCAUCACUUCGUGAAUUGUCGAUAUCAGGCAACCGAAUCAAGUACAUCCCUAAAGGCCUUCUGCAAAGGACACCUUCGCUGGCUCAAUUGGAGUUGAAGAGGAAUCCACUUCUCGCCGUCGAUGCCCACGCAUUUUCCUUCCUACCAAAACUUCGAAAGCUGAUUCUCUCCGAAGCGAAAGGUUUAUCGACAUUUCCAAGUUUAAAUGGGACAUCUUUGUUGGAAAUUCUCCGACUUGACAGAGCGGCUAUUACGAGCGUACCCGCUUCGUUAUGUUACACCUGUCCUCGACUUCGAAGUCUAGAUCUCAAGUCGAACAAGCUGGUUUCCAUCCCGGACUUGAAUAACUGCAAGGACAUGCGAGUCCUAGAUUUGGCGAGUAACAGGAUCGGCUCGUUGGAGGGCCGUCCGUUUCGCGGAAUGUCCCAGAUGCACGACCUUCUCCUCUCGAACAACGAGAUCGAAUUGAUUCCGCAGGACGCCUUCUACGGACUGACUAUGUUGCAAACGCUGGAUUUGGAGAGUAACAAGGUCGUGCGGAUCCAUCCAGACGCCUUCACGUCGAUUCCGAACGUCCAGGAUUUAAAUUUAGGAAACAACAUUUUUCCGGAUCUUCCUUACGGCGGAUUGGAGAAUCUUCUUCAUAUUAAAACUUUUAAUAACCCAAAUUUAAAGGUUUUUCCAAAACCGGAAGCGUUUCCUAAGAUACAAACGUUAGUUUUAGCGUAUGCUUAUCAUUGCUGCGCUUUUCUUCCUCUAGUCUUAUCGAGUCCAGCCCCAGAAGUAAAAGAUGUCGUUAUUUUUCCAAAGAGACACGAUAUCGAUCUCAGCUUAUGGAACUCUUCCACAAAUAUAUUUCCGUUUUAUGAUAAUGUUUCGCAAAAAUUAGGAUCUGACUUUAAAAACUGGUGGAAUCGAAUGGGAACUGAUGUAACAUAUCCGGAUACUUUCGGUACAUGGGUGGACGAGUACUCAGAAGAGGAACAAGCUAAACUAACAGAAACUGAAGUCACAUCCGGUAGGAUACAAUGUUUACCUUCACCGGGGCCGUUUCUUCCGUGUCAGGAUCUUUUCGAUUGGUGGACACUUCGAUGUGGAGUUUGGAUCGUUUUUCUAUGUGCUAUGUUAGGAAAUGGAACUGUUGUUUUUGUGUUAAUAUUUUCCAGAAGUAAAAUGGAUGUUCCCAGAUUUCUUGUUUGUAAUCUUGCUGCAGCGGAUUUUUGUAUGGGAUUAUAUUUAGGUUUUUUAGCUGUUAUUGAUGCUUCAACUCUCGGUGAAUUCCGAAUGUACGCUAUUCCUUGGCAAAUGUCUGUUGGUUGCCAAUUAGCGGGAUUCUUAGGAGUCCUCAGUUCCGAGUUAUCCGUCUUCACAUUAGCCGUCAUCACUCUAGAACGAAAUUACGCGAUAACUCACGCUAUGCACUUAAAUAAACGCCUUUCGUUAAAGCACGCUAGUUAUAUAAUGAUUUUCGGUUGGUCUUUUUCGAUAGUAAUGGCAACUUUACCUCUUUUUAGUGUUUCCGAUUAUAGAAAAUUCGCUGUGUGUUUGCCGUUUGAAACGAAAGACGCGGUUAGUUUGACUUACGUUGUUUUCUUAAUGUUUAUAAACGGUGUAGCUUUCUUAAUUUUAAUGGGAUGUUAUUUAAAAAUGUAUUGUGCGAUUCGGGGGUCUCAAGCGUGGAAUACAAACGAUUCAAGGAUUGCGAAAAGAAUGGCAUUGUUAGUGUUUACUGAUUUUUUAUGUUGGUCCCCGAUCGCAUUUUUUUCGUUAACGGCCGCUUUUGGGUUGCAAUUAAUAACUUUAGAACAAGCUAAAGUAUUCACCGUUUUCGUUUUACCCUUAAAUUCUUGUUGUAACCCGUUUCUAUACGCGAUUUUAACAAAACAAUUUAAAAAAGAUUGCGUCAUGAUUUGUAAAGCAAUCGAGGAAAGUCGUGUAACUCGAGGAAUUGGAAGAUGCCGACAUAGCUCGAAUUUUAGUAAUCGUCAAACUCCUGCAAACACAAACAGUUUAGCGGAUAGAUCGUCAAGGGAAAAUCAAAAUCAUCAUGCGCCAACUUGUACUUGUAACGCAAAAUUAUUGGGGGAUCAAGUUCAAGUUCAAACAAGACCUGACAGAAAAACUAGAACGAAAGAUUGGGUAAUAGCUAAAGCUAGGUGGAUGUUGUGUAUUAAAAAGCCGAAACGGCACCGAACUAGAAAUGACCAAUACACUUAUCAAAUAGCUGAAAUUCAACAAAAACAACAUAAAAGAGCUUCUUCAGUUUCAUCAAGCGAAAAUUUUAGCUCUUCGAGGUCGGAUUCCUGGCGGCACAAUCAUCAUUGUGGAAUCCCUUUAAGACUUCUCGAUCCAAAACGAAGAGCAUCUUCUUGGUUAGUCACAAGGAAAACUUCCCAAGACUCAAAUUUAUCAAGUUCCAGAAAUGAUUCCUCUGGUUCUGCGACGACAGCUUCCACAAGCACUUGGAGAGUAUCCAGAUCGAGUGCUUCGAGCGACGUCCCAAGAUUACGAAACAAACCGAGGCUAACAAGACAGUGUGCCAUACAGGAUGAGUCAGAACCUCCCGGAUCACCCGGAAGAUUAACUGUUAGGUUUUUAACGACGAUUCCUUCCGCUGCCGAAAAUAGUAUGCAGUUGGAGGAUGAACCCAGUAUUCUAGUGAGUCCAUCUAAGGACAUCCAGGGCCCUUUGUAUGCUAUUUUGCAUGCACAACCGGUUACUCCGACGAGAAGACAGUCAAUAGUGACGUUACAUCCUCCAGAACCGGCGCAAGAUGCAAGUGGUAAUUCUAGUCAAUCCGAUGCAGGACCGUCCAAAGAUAUGGAUGGAGCUGUAAGAUAAUAAUAAUAAUAUUUUUUUGAGAGUGUAUGAAUUGGGUGGUGAGUAAUGGAAGAAUGGGAAAAUUAAAAAAAAAUUAAAGAAAAAGAUUAUAAAAAAGGUUAAAGAAAAACCAGGUAUUUUUAUGAGGAUAGGUUUUUGUCGAUGAGGAAUAAAUUAA